AUGGCCGCACCGCCGCCUCCACCGCCUCGCGGCACAAUGUCGCUGUAUGCAGAGCUCCUGGGAGGCCCUGCUGCCGAGCCGGUUGCAGCUGCACCAGCAUCAGACGCAGCCGUGAAACCGUCUGCGGCAAAAAUUCCAGCACUCCGCUUCCAGCCCAUCAUUCGUCGGCCGCAGCAGAAGCCCAAGGCCACCGGCCACCGGCUCAAGUCCCUGCCCGUUCCCUUGUCCGCUGUACCGGCCACGACGACGAAGACGACUUCUGUCACCCACACCGCACGCCCGACGCUGGCCGACUGGGCUGCCGGUGCAGACGAUGACGAGUACGACAACGAUCACUACGAUGACACCAACGACAAUGGCGGCCCGCGGCCGUUGCGUGGUGGCCGCAAGCGCAAGAAGAAGCGCCCCGACGAGAAGCAGCAGCAGCCUCAUCGGCGGUUGGGCUACGGCGACAUUGACUGGGACGAGCUGUACGACCCGGCCCGUCCAACCAACCUAGAAGCCUAUCUGCACAGCGACGAGUGCGUGUCCGCUGUGCGCGACUGGAAGGCCGUCCUGUAUGCACAUCGGAGGCGGCUGCGCCGCCAAAACGACGACGACGACGACGACGACAACAACAGCGACAGCUCCGACAGUCACGACAACCACCAGUUUAACAGCGCCUUCGCGCCACCCGCCGCGUUUGCCCCGCCGCCGAGCCUGACCACCGGCUCCGGCUAUCCAGCGCCAACAGCAGAUGAGGCUGCAGCUGCACAUCCAACGCUGUCACACCCACAACCAUCAACACCACUGCCACCACCACAAUCACUUCCUCCGCCGCCACCGCCGCCGCCAUCGGAUCCCGCUGUCCUUGAAACCACCGCCACGCCAGCUACAGCCGUCCCAACUCUAGCUGACGGUCUCAUCAUCUCGCGGGCACCAGUUCGCUUCAACACCACCACCACCACCACAAACGGCAUUAAAGGUCCAGACAACGACGACGACGACAAUACAUACGAGCCGCCACCAGCAUCUGCCGACGACGACGAAGGCGGUCCCUCGUCCUUCUCGUCGGCCCGUCCAGGCCAGGCUGGCUUCGCCGCCCGUCUCAUGGCCAAGUACGGCUGGACAAAGGGUUCUGGCCUGGGAGCUGACGGCGGCGGCAUCCUCAACCCACUCCGGCACAAAAAGGUCGGAGGCGCCACCAGCGGCCGUGGGCGCAUUGUCGGUGGUGGUCGUGGUAGUCGUGGUGGUCGUGUCGAGGCUCGUGGCGGCGAAUCAACUGAGCUUCAAAGUCACGUGACCUCUUCCUCGCCCUCCACCGUCGUCGUCCUCCGCAACAUGGUCGAGGGCAUGCCAGACCUGGCCGCCGAGAUCGCCGACGGUCAGCUCGUCCAGGAGAUCGGCGAGGAGUGUGGCGAGCAGUACGGCCGCAUCGAACGCGUCUACAUCGAUGUGCCCUCCAAGCUCGUCUUUAUACAGUUCACCGACGCUGUCUCGGCCUUGCGCGCUGUUACUGCUCUUGAUGGGCGCAUUUUCAACGGCAACGCCAUCGCCCCAAGCUUCUACAACGCUGACAAAUUUGACCGAGGCAUAUACGAGUAG